AUGAAAAGAGCAUUAAAGGAGAUUAUGCCGUUGACAAAGCAUGGUUUGUGCACAUGGCAUAUAAUGAGGAAUGGAGUCAAGCAUCUUGGAAAUUUAAUGAAGGAUGGAUCACAUUUCUUACGAGAUUUCAAGAAGUGUAUGUAUGAUUAUGAAGAAGAAAUAGAUUUUGAAAACUCAUGGAGAGAUUUAUUGGUGAAAUACAAUGUUGAAGAAAACACAUGGUUGAAUUCAAUAUAUCAGAAAAAAGAGAAAUGGGCAACAUGUUAUAUGAAGAAUGCUUUUACGCUUGGCAUGAGGAGCACACAACUAAGUGAAAGCAUUAAUUCAGAUAUAAAGAAUUGCACAAGGCCUAAUUUGAAUAUCAACCAAUUUUUUAAGCAAUUUGAACGGAUUGUUCAAGAAAAAAGAUACAAUGAGUUACAACAUGAUUAUGAGAUGCGCCAAAAGAUACCAAGAAUGAUAGUACAAAGUUCACCAUUAAUUCGACAACUUUCACAGAUAUACACUCCUCCUAUGUUCAACUUGUUCCAACGAGAAUGGGAUCUUGUAUCUACAACAAACAUAAUUGAAAGGAAUGAAACCAAUGUAUGUUGCAACUAUGUCAUAACAAUGGUGGAUGAAAAAGGAGAAUGGAAUGUUUCAUAUGAGUCAUACUUAGAGAAUGGAGAGUGGGCAAUUACUUGUAGUUGUAGAAAAUUUGAACAAUGGGAAAUAUUGUGUUGUCAUUCAUUAAGAAUACUAUUUUGUAAGGAUAUCAAGCUUCUCCCAGAAAAAUAUAUAUUGAAGAGGUGGGCAAGACAUGCACGAAGUGAUGCAAUGAGUGAUCAUGGUGGAAAGCCAAUCAAUGUUGAUCCUAGAUUGGAAAGCUCAAAACAAUAUAAGCAACUAUGUUCAAGACUUUUAAGAUUAGCUCAUGAUGUAUCAGAUGAUUCAGAAGCAUGCACUAUGGUUUGGGAAGGGGUGUUAGAACUUAAGAAGAAAGUGGUUGCGAUUCGAUUGAACAAUCAAUCACAUGGUACUCAUGGUACGACUAUUAAGGCAACACAACAUGUGGUUGAAUCAUCAACAUCCAAAGGUAUUGGCUUUAAGAAGAAAGAUGGUCCAAAACAAAAGAAGUAUAGACGUUUGAAGAGUUGGGUUGAUGAAUUAAAAUAA